UGGGAUAAAGCUUUGCACAGGGAGAGGACAGUCAGUGUGAACAGGGACAGAAGAAGGAGAACACAUCAGCUCACCGACAGGAGCUCCGCCCCCAGUCUGCUGAUCUGUUGAGAUGUUCCGACACAGGAUGACCGUCCUUCUAUUGUCCCUCCUCUUCCUCCUGGUGUCCUCCAUCAUGGCCUCCAAUCAACCCGCCGGCUGCAAAAUCAGAAUUACUGACAAAGGCCUAGACAUGUUGAAGUUCGAGACUCAGAAGUUCGUAGAAGAAGAGCUCAGCAACAUCACGAUGCCGGAGAUGAAGGGCAAAGAGGGACGCUUCCAGUACACCAUCACCAACGUGAAGAUAACCGAGUUGAAUCUGACUCACGCCGAGCUGCAGUUCAUCCCUGACGUCGGUCUGCUGUUCGACGUCCAGAACUCGUCCAUCUCGCUGAGUUUCCACCGACAGAUCCUCUACUGGUUCUUUUACGACACAGGAAACAUCAACGCGUCGGCCGAGGGAGUGAACAUCAACACGGCGCUGAGUCUGAUCCGGGACGACGAGGGACGACUGAAGAUCAGUAACAUCACCUGCGAUGCCAAAAUCGCCAAGAUGAGGGCAAAGUUCAGCGGGACGUUGGGGAAGGUUUACGACUUCCUGGCCAGCUUUCUGACAACGGGGAUGCGCUUCCUCCUCAACAAACAGAUCUGUCCCGCUCUGAAUCACGCCGCGCUGGUCCACGUGAACUCGAUGUUGGAGACGAUCCCCGUGAGGACGGAGGUCGAUCAGUUCAUCGGUAUUGAUUACGCUCUGAUCGACGACCCAAUAGUGACGUCCAGGAGCCUCGACAUGAACUUCCGGGGGAUGUUCUUCACCCUGUCGGACCCGAACAGCACGUUGGUGAACUACGCCGUGGACCCGGUGAUCAGGGAGUACGACCGCAUGGUCUACCUCGCGCUGUCCGAGUACUUCUUCGACAGCGGCAUGUAUUCUUACUACAAAGCGGAAGUCUUCCAGAUGCACAUAUUCAACGAGAAGAUGCCCAAAGACCUGGAGAUGUUGUUGAAGACCACCUACUUUGGAGCCAUCAUGAUGCUGAACCCGGCUCUGGUGGACGCGCCGAUGUCUCUGCAGAUCGCCGUUAACUCGCCGCCAAAAACCUCCAUCAAGACGUCGGGGGCGACGGUUGUCAUGACAGCCAUCGUCAAAGUGAUGGUGCUGCCUCCGGGUCAGCCUCCGGUCCAGCUCAGCAGCAUGACCAUGGAAACUAAGUUUCACGCUAAAGUCUCGAUGAAGGGAAAACGUCUGUCCAUCCAUGCCGACCUGCGCAGAUUUAAAAUCUUCUCCAAUCAAUCGGCGCUGGAGUCUCUGGCACUGAUUCCUCUGCAGGCUCCCCUGAAGACCAUGCUGCAGAUGUCUGUGGUUCCAUUGAUCAACAACUGGACUAAGAGAGGAGUUCGGAUCCCUCUGGCUGAUGGGGUGGAUUUCAUUGAGGAAGUAGUUGAAUAUCACAACGGUUUCAUCUUGAUCGGCGCGAAUCUUCACUUCAGCAAAGGACUGAGAGAAAUGAUCGCAGAUCAGUGAAACCAGCAGCGGGUGAAGAAGUAUUCAGAUCCUUUUCCUGAAGUCUGAAGUCUGAAUGAACAUUGUGAAAAUACUCCACAAUACGUUAAAAGUCCUGCAUUUAAAACCCUACUUGUAAAAGUAUGUAAGUAUCGUACUUGAAACUAAAAGCAUUCAUGUUGUGGUGAAAUGUUCCUCGUCUGUGUUUUUCAACAAUAUACUGAAUGAUGUUUCUGGGUUAAUAGAUAAUUGCACUGCUGCAUUACUGUACAUGCGUCCUGCUGUAGAUGUUUUCAACUGCUUUGUACACUGUUGGGUAGUUUAAUCUGCAGCGAUGCAUCGUAUUAUUAUGUGUGUGUAGUCAUUUUAGCUCUCAGACUUUAAAGUAUUGUCUUUGACACAAUAAAAAGGUGAGAUCUUAUCAGCGGGA